ACGUAGCGUUGGUAUCUAUGAAGCUAGUUACGUAAAGCAAGGCUGCAAUGUCGUUAAUUAGUGUAAAGUACCAUAUUUAUAUAUUUCUUAAUUCCAUUAUUUUACUUUUAGAUGUGUGUGUAUUGUUGUGCGUUGUAGAUACUUCACUGUUGAAGCUAGGAACACAAGCAUUUCGCUACACCCGCAAUAACAUCUGAUAAAUAUAUGUGACCAAUACAAUUUGAUUUGAACAGUUUAGCCAGCUAGCUUAGUAACGUUAGCUGUUUAUGGUAGCUAGUUGUCAAGCUAGCUAGCUAACUACCAAUCAGUUAAUCAAUGAUAUUGCUCAUUCAUAAAUAUUUGUGCUUGUGUGUAGCUAGACAGUUUGAGUUUACCAUUUUAAUUGAAGCCAGGUAGCCAGCUCGUCUAGUAUUGUAGCUAGCAGAAGAAGAAGGUGUCCAUAACAUGCUAGCUAGCUUGCUAACUGGUGACUGCUGCUAAAACAGAAAUACUCUUGGGAGUGGCAGGACAAAGAAAUGGUUGCAGUCAGUUGUUUUGCUCUCACUGCUGUGAUCAGCAGUUUAGCCACUUGUUUAGCUCCACCAAAGUGUCAUCAGCAUGGUGUGAUCUGAAACAAAUAACUUUUUCAUUAGAAAUUUUAAGGACCACCAGGAUGUUGCGUCUGCGUUGUAAGACCAAAAAUGGGAGCCACAUAAUGCAGGGCCUGACCCACCAGUCCAGUGUGCAGGAGCUGAAGAGCAAGGUAGAGGAGCUGACUGGUAUUCCCUGUGAUGUACAGAAGAUCAUGGUUGGCUACCCUCCCUCCAGCUUGGACCUCCGAAACGGAGAUGCUCACCUAAGGGACUACCCUAUCAAAUCAGGAGACACUCUCAUUGUUGAGGAGGAGAAGAACAAGAUGAAGACCCAGACCACAAAUUCAGCUGUAACCAAGGGACCCCGUCUGGAGUUUCCCCCGGUGCUGGCCAGACGGGUCGUUCCAGCAGACAACUCCUGCCUGUUCACCAGUGUCUCCUACGUGGUAGAGGGAGGGGUAUACGACCCAGCUUGUGCCCCCGAGAUGCGAGGCCUCAUCACCCAGAUUGUGUCCAGCAACCCCAUGGCUUACUCUGAGGCGGUGUUGGGAAAGACCAACGAGGAGUACUGCACCUGGAUCAGACGUGACGACACCUGGGGUGGAGCCAUCGAGGUGUCCAUCCUGUCUAAGUUCCACCAAUGUGAGAUCUGUGUAGUGGACACGCAGACUGUGCGUGUGGAUCGAUUUGGUGAGGACGCUGGCUACCACAAACGCGUGCUGCUCAUCUACGACGGCAUCCACUACGACCCACUGCAAAAGGAGACGCCUGGCUCCGACGCUCCACCCCAGACCAUCUUCUCCACCACAGACGACAUCAUCCUGGCCCAGGCCCUGGAGCUGGCGGAUGAGGCGCGAAGGAAGCGGCAGUUUACGGACGUCAACCGCUUUGCCCUGCGCUGCCUGGUGUGUCAGACAGGCCUAGUAGGACAGAAGGAGGCCCGGGAACAUGCCAAGGAGACGGGCCAUGCCAACUUUGGAGAGGUGUGAGUCAGAGCACUUCCUCACAACCACCACAAACCCCCAUAUCUUACAACGAUGUGUGUCUAUAUGAUCCUCUACCUCACUUGAUCCAGCAUCAGACACUGUGUUCAGUCUUACCCGUUCAGUAUUACAACUACAGCUGUCAGCUCACAGGUUACCUUACUGCAAGGUUAUGAGCUUAUGAAAAAUAUUCUGUACAAUUGUUUUGGGGACAUUUUUAGUCUCACCCAAUACACAGUGGGUGAUUGUUCGUUGAAGUGUUGUUGCUCAGCAAUGUAGCAUGUGUUCAGUUUGUCGACACUAAUGGAGCAGAAAGCUUUCUUAACAGAACUGGAGAUGCCUGAAAAUGCCUUACUUUGACAGUUAACUUGUGGCAUAAAAGGUUUAGUAUGGCUAGACUCUUCAGUACUACCACAGAAAUCAGAAAUCUUUUUCUGGGGCCAUUGUGGCAUGAUACACGUUUGGUUUUACACAUCAAUAACAAUAUUAAUUUAAAAGGUUUUGUUUGUAGAUGCCUCACCAGUACUUGAAAAAAGUGAAAACGGCAAAAGAUCAAAUAUAAACCCAGUUACUUGGUAGAAAAUGUGUUCUUUCAUUGUUUUACAGUGGCAAUGUCUUUAAUAUUAGAUAAUAGCGGAGUUUAGCUAGAUUCCUUAUAGGUCAAUACAACCCUAAAUUCUUCAAUGGUGCUGUGACAAGCUUAUUUUCCAAAUGUAGGCUAUUGCUGAAUUAGUUCUUUUAUACAGUGUGAGGUGUCUGCAUCUUGGUGUGAAACAAAUAUUUAAUGCAAUUAUUAUUAUGCCAUGGCACUCUGCCAUUAAAAGGCCUUGGCAUUACCUAUAGUGAGAGUGGUUUUUCUUUAUUUUUUUUGUGUAUUUUAUAUGGUGUAAUUCUUUUUAAUGAACAUAACCUUUGAAUUGUUGUAUUUUGGAGCUUUUAAUCUUGAAAUUGAUAGAUUAAUAGACUUUAUGAUGUAUAAUGUAAAUCUAAGGGAUGAAUCCUCUUACAUUUGCAGUUCAGGUACUGUCUACACAAUGUGCUUUGCAUCUCAACAUUCACUUCAUGAUAGUGUUUUUUGUUUUUAUCCCCCAUUACCCUCACUCAUAUUGUUGGACUAUUGUGAGGACCACCAAGUGUUGUCAUGUUGAACUAUGUAUGUUAAAUCUAAAUGCAUGUCAGAGGAAGACUGAGACUCUUUAUUAUACUUUCACCAAUGAAAGCCACCACGGCCUUGCUCUUGCCUGGAAACCCGAUGUUGAGUUGCAUUGAAUUCUACGUUGGGCAGAAAUGACUGUUUUAAUCAGGAAUGUUUCUUCCCAUGACCUCUACCAGCCAGAAUGUUGAAAAAAAUGAUAUUUUUACAUACUUUACUGGUUGUCCAUGCGGUUGGUCCUUUUGGCGGUAGGAAUGUGAGACUAUAUUCCACAGUAAAGUAUAAUUACAUAAACUUUUCAAAGCACUGGUAGAGGGUUCAGAUUUCUAUCACCUGAAGCAUGCGCACAAAAUAAAAAUGCAUGUACAAGAUGCAUGCAUACUUGCCAAGCUCAUGCAUGUGUUUACAUGGUUCUGUGCAUGCUUCAGGUGAUAGAUAUCUGAACCCACUACCAGUGCUUUGAAAAGCUUAUGUAAUAAUACAGUCCUGUGGAUAUAUAUUGUCUCACAUUCCUACCACCAAAGAACAAAUCGCACUGACAACCGGUAAAGUACGUUAAAAUAUAAUUUUAUUCAACAUUCUGGCUUGUAGAUGUCGUGAGAGGAAACUUUCCUGGUUCAAAUGCUCAUUUUUGUCCGACGUAGAAUUCAUUGCAAUUCAAUGUUGGGGUUUCUUGGCAACCCUUGCUAUUGAAACGGAGUGUAGAAGACGUUGAUAUAGAUAAUUGAACCCUUUAAACAUGAAUUCUGACUUUUCUUCAAGUGGUUGGUAAUGUUACUGGCAAAAAGAUUCAUCCCAUUAUGUUUGUUGGCAGAGACCAGUGUAAUGGUGAAAUGCUGGUGAUUUGGGUUUUUUCCCCCAUCAGACUACUAAUACAGUCUAAAAGCUCUCUCACACAUCUAUUCCCAUUUUUCUAAACAAAAUUUUUAAAAAUUAGCUUUUGUCAGCUGGUCAUAAACGGAUACCAAAGUGUCCCUUUCAGAAAACUUGUGACUUGUUAUUUAUAGAAAAUGUAUCAGCACUAGAAAUCUUGUCUUACAAUGAAAUACUCUGGGUCAGGGCCGAGUUUGUGUGGUAGCCUAUACUGCCCUACAAAGGCAAAAUGCAGUAACUACGAAGUUGGUCAAAAAUCUUUGAUCUAUUGUAAUGGCCAGGUAUGUUUUCUGAUUAAUGUGGUAUUUCGUUUCCUGACACAAGAACAAGUCAAUUGAUCAGAAUAUAUAAUGGUGUAUCAGAAAUUGCUGUCUCUAGACAGAAAAAGACUGAAGACAGAUUUUGCAGUAAGAAAAAUACAUUGUUUCUGCAUUUUUCCUUUGUAGGGCAGUAUAUGUUGCCUGUUCUUGCUGGGACUUUCCAAAGCCUUUGACAUGUAAGAGGUAUGGGUCUGGGGCAUGGUUUUAGUGCAGAGCUCUCCAACCCUGUUACAGGAGAGCUACCUUCCUGUAGGUUUUCACUCCAACCCCAGUUGUAACUCACCUGAUUCAGUUUAUCAACCAGCUAAUUAUUAAAAUCAGAUUAGGUAUGGAGUGAAACCUACAGGACAGUAAGUAGCUCUCCAUGAACAGGGUUGGAGAGCCCUGUUCUAUUGGGUGUUGAUGUGACUAAAAUAUGACUUCUCUCACGUUCCAUUACAUGGAUGUUCAAAGACACUUUCAAUGAAUGUUGCACACAAAGCACUACAGAGAAACUGGGUUUACUUGAUUUUUCACAAUAAAAGUCACCAUUUAGGAGAUUA